AUGAACUGCAUAGCAGAAGAUGGGCAUUGUAUCUGGUAUGAAGAAUGUGGUCGAAAUGCGAUGGGUAGAGUGACGAAUUGUUAUUACAAUGGUGCAGCAUUACAAUUGACUAAUAAAGAAGCAUUAAAGACUUUGAAAUCAAUGUGUAGCAUGUUUUACAAUGGUCUCGACAAUCCUUCACAACCUUUUCCAAUAUAUUUCAAUUUAACAAAUAAUACUUGUCAAAAUAAUUAUUACAACCAAUCAACAUUUCAAUGUAACGAACCGGUUCAUACUCAAUAUGAAAAUCAGCCCAUGUGUGAUCAUUCAGAUUGCCCGAAAGCACCACCUAAACCAUCUCCACCUGAUGUACCGGGCAAAUAUUCAAACAUAUCGAUUCGCAUGACAGAAUUAAUCAUCGUACCUGAUAAUCAAACAUUUCAAACUCACUAUUAUCUAUCUCCACCUGGUCUAUUAUCUGAGAUUGUGGUUGGACCGGCACUUGACCUAAAUUUUCUAACACAAGUGCUCGAUUUGCAAACAAAUAUUCUCAAUCUUGAAGGUUAUCUGCCACCAGAUAAUAUUUCUGUUCGUUUGACCGAUAUCUGUUUGAAACCAAGUAAUACCAAUUGUGCAGUUUUUUCUGUUCUUCAAUAUUUUCAAAAUUCACGCGACAAUCUUAACAAAAGCAUAGGUGAUGAUUUCUUUCUAUAUGCCGAUUAUAUCACACAUAUAUUUCAAUGCUCAACAAAAAAACCCUCUCUUAAUGAUGCAUUACUAAAUCUUUCGUGUUUUUCUGAUUUUGGUGGCAUAAUUCAUCCAACUGUAGUAUUUUCGAAUUAUCCGAAUACGAAACAUACUAUCGAAGCUAAAGGAUUAGUUAUUACUAUUAUCAUCGAGAAUUCAAAUAAACCUGAAAAAAUUCAAAAAGCUGAAGCAUGGGAAAAAGCCUUUAUAAAUUACAUGCAAAAUUUCACUGCUAUCCAAGACUCGUUACGUGCUGAAAAGCGUUUGAAUGAAUUGGCAAAUUUUACUGUAUACUACAGUAAUGAACACUCUAUUAAAAAUGAACUCAAUACUAUGAUUUGGUCAAACAAUCAAUCAAAUAUCAAAUGA